ACUUUCUUCUUCUUCUUCUUCUCUGUAUCAUCUCUCUCAAAGAAGAAAUGUACGGCAAAACAAUAUGCACAAUCGUCUUCUUCAUCUUCCUCGUUGCUUCUUUCUCAAUCUACAUGGGAACAGUCGAUCCAAGACCUUAUUUCUAUCUCCUCCAAUCACAACCCAAUGUAGCUUCUCCUUGUAGCUCCACCGGAAAACCUCUCCGUGUCUUCAUGUACGAUCUCCCACGGAAGUUUAAUAUCGCGAUGAUGGAUCCUCAUAGCUCAGAUGUUGAGCCUAUCACAGGGAAGAAUUUACCUUCUUGGCCUCAGACUUCUGGGAUUAAGAGACAACAUAGCGUUGAGUAUUGGCUUAUGGCUUCUCUUCUUAAUGGUGGAGGUGAUGAGAAUGAAGCAAUUAGGGUUUUUGAUCCGGAUUUGGCGGAUGCGUUUUAUGUUCCGUUUUUUUCUUCGUUGAGUUUUAAUACUCAUGGGAAGAACAUGACGGAUCCAGAUACUGAAUUUGAUCGGCAAUUACAGGUUGAGUUAAUGGAGUUUCUUGAGAAUUCUGAGUAUUGGAAUCGAUCAGGAGGUAAAGAUCAUGUGAUACCGAUGACACAUCCUAAUGCUUUUAGAUUUCUGAGGCAACAAGUGAAUGCAUCGAUUCUCAUUGUUGUGGAUUUUGGGCGUUAUUCUAAGGACAUGGCACGUUUAAGUAAAGAUGUGGUUUCUCCUUAUGUACAUGUUGUUGAGUCUUUGAAUGAGGAGGGUGAUGAUGGUAUGACGGAUCCGUUUGAGGCUCGUACUACGUUGCUUUACUUUCGUGGGAAUACGGUUAGGAAAGACGAAGGUAAAAUCCGUUUGAGGUUGGAGAAGUUAUUAGCUGGUAACUCUGAUGUUCACUUUGAGAAAAGUGUAGCAACUACACAAAACAUCAAAGUGUCUACGGAAGGGAUGAGAUCAUCAAAAUUCUGUCUGCAUCCAGCUGGAGACACUCCAUCUUCAUGCCGCCUAUUUGAUGCCAUUGUCAGCCACUGCAUUCCGGUCAUCAUAAGCGACAAAAUUGAGCUGCCCUUUGAAGAUGAAAUAGACUACUCAGAAUUCUCACUCUUUUUCUCAAUAAAAGAGUCACUUGAACCGGGCUACAUCCUCAACAACCUCCGCCAGUUUCCAAAGGAGAAAUGGCUGGAAAUGUGGAAACGCCUGAAGAACGUAUCUCAUCACUUCGAGUUCCAGUACCCACCCAAGAGAGAAGAUGCAGUAAACAUGUUGUGGAGACAGGUGAAACACAAGAUCCCUAAUGUCAAGCUCGCUGUACAUAGAAACCGGAGGUUGAAAGUCCCUGAUUGGUGGCUUUGAAGAAUGACAUUUUUUCUCAAGGUUAAGUCUUUUUAUUCUUCUUCCUUCCAAUACUGUAAAUUAGUCGAUUCUUUUGUUACCUUUGCGUGUCACGAUCCAUUUAUAGGCAUAUAUACUCUAAAACUUCCAUUUUUUAAUAACCAGAGGUAGUCACAUAGGUUUGUAUUGCAUCUAAAGUUUCAGCUCUAUCUGUUUUGAUUUCUCUUUAAGGUUCACUGAUUCAGACACUUAUAUUUUGUAAUGUGUGAAAUGAGAGUUCCUAUUGUUGUAAACUUGUAAUGGAAACAAAAGAACCAAGCUGCUCCUCCGUCUUCUUUGUGUUUAUGUUGCAGACGAUCCAUUUUCGGAUAGUUUUCAAAAUCCGAAUGAACCGGAAAACCGAUU